AUGGCUGGAGGUGGUGUCGUGCAAGCUACGAGCCGUCGGAGAAUUCUCCAGGGCAAGUCAGGAUGGGCCGGCCUGGUAGCGAAUCGUAAAACCUUCGCGAUUGCCGUCUUCGCCUCACUCGGUGGACUGUUGUAUGGCUACAACCAGGGUGUUUUCUCUAGUGUUCUCGACAUGUAUAAUUUCGACCAGCGGAUGGGAGAUGCUGUGACAAAUACUGAUACGAAGGGUUGGCUUGUGUCGGUCUUGGAGCUCGGUGCCUGGUUUGGUGUCCUCUGCACUGGUUACCUUGCGGAUAGGCUGUCUCGAAAGUACUCCAUUGUUCUCGCCGUUUUCGUUUUCUGUAUCGGCGUGAUCGUUCAAGACACUGCCUUCCACCCUUCUUCCAUCUUUGCAGGUCGAUUUAUCACUGGAUGGGGUGUCGGUUCGCUAAGCAUGUGUGUCCCCCUCUACAACGCCGAACUCGCACCACCGGAGGUCCGUGGAAGUCUGGUUGCUUUGCAGCAACUCGCUAUCACAUUCGGUAUCAUGAUAUCCUUCUGGAUCGACUACGGCACCAACUACAUCGGAGGCACUGGCGCCACCCAAUCGCCCGCUGCUUGGCGUUUGCCCAUUGCCAUGCAAUUGAUUCCAGCUAUGAUCCUGGGCUUUGGGAUCAUGUUCAUGCCGUUCUCACCCAGAUGGCUCGUCAACAACGGCCGUGAUGAGGAAGCCUUGAUGGUACUGAGCAGGGCGCGUGGCAUGCCACCUGACUCAGAGGUCGUCCAGAUCGAAUUCUUGGAGAUCAAGGCGCAAUACUUGUUCGAGCAGGAGACAUCCGCGAUGCAGUUCCCCCAGUAUCAAGAUGGCACGUUCAAGUCUAACUUCAAGCUCGGUCUUUUCAGCUAUUUGAGUCUCCUGAAGUCAGCAACGCUUCUUCGCCGUGUUGCCAUUGGGACCUUGACAAUGUUCUUCCAGCAAUGGACCGGUGUCAACGCCAUCUUAUACUACGCACCGUCCAUCUUCACAGAUCUUGGUCUGACAGGCAAUACUAUUUCGCUCUUGGCCACAGGAGUUGUCGGCAUUGUCAUGUUCCUCGCGACUAUUCCGGCUGUCAUCUGGGUUGACAGCGUUGGUCGGAAGCCCGUCUUGGUUUCAGGUGCACUAUUGAUGGCCGCAUGUCAUUUGACAAUCGCUGUCCUGAUCGGUCUCUACCACAACUCAUGGCCAGAACACAAGGCUGCUGGUUGGGCUGCCUGCGCACUCGUUUGGGUUUUUGCUAUGGGUUUCGGCUACAGUUGGGGUCCGUGCUCGUGGAUCGUUGUUGCCGAGAUCUGGCCGCUGUCUGUUCGUGGAAAGGGUCUGUCUAUUUCUGCCUCCUCUAACUGGAUGAACAACUUCAUUGUGGGCCAAGUAACGCCGACGAUGCUCAAGCACAUCGGAUUCGGAACCUUCGUGUUCUUUGGAUCAUUUUCGUUCCUUGGUGCCCUGUUCAUCCUCUUCUUCGUUCCCGAGACGAAGGGCCUCACCCUCGAGGAGAUGGACGACGUGUUUGGCUCGGAAGGUCUUGCUGUCGCGGACCAGGAGCGCCAGCUCGCGAUCGAGAAGCGCAUCGGGCUCGACCAGUACGCCUUCACUUCGUCGGACGUGGACAGUUCGGAAAAGCAGGAGAUAGUCAUGAAGGCGUGAAAGCGUCGUUGAUGAUCGGUUACGAAUCUACGAUUUCUGUAUUAUGUGUGACGCGCAUCUAUGAAUUUUCUAUCAUCAUUGUAUAUUGUAUACAUAAUAAUGCAUCUGACUCGAUC